AUGCCACAACAUUCCUGCAUCCCUACCAUAACACCCACUAUGCGCUCCCUGAUCAUUCUAGCCAGCUUGCUCGUAUCAUCUCAAGCACGUCUAUUACCGUUUGGCGACGCUCCCCAGCAACAACAACCAAUGUCCGGCCCAGGCAUCCAACUCCCCAACAAGCCGUCGACAGAAGACAGCACGCCUCAUGGCGACAUCAUCCUCUCCGACAUAAUCGGCUCCCACCGCCAAAUCCAAAUCUUCGCAGGCUUCACCCGCGACAUCUCCAGCAUCUCCGCCCGCCUCGAUAACCCAUCCGAGAACACCACGCUCCUCGCGCCUACGAACUCCGCUAUCACGUCUCUUCCCAGAAAACCAUGGGAAGAUCCUGCCGACUAUGACGCCUUGGGCGCUUCAGCUUACGAGGGCAAAGACGGCGAAGAUCGCGCGCACAGGAAUAUGCGAAGGUUUGCAGAGGCGCAUGUUGUGACCGAGAGUCCGUGGAAGGAGGGCAAGAAGGUCAAGACGCUGGGAGGUGGCGAAGUUUGGUGGGAAAGUAGAGGGGAGAAGAAGGUGGUUAUGCCAGGGGGCGUGGAAGUUGAUGGCGUGGUGGGCAGGGUGGGGAACGGAGAGGUCUGGGUUCUGAAUGGGGUAGUGAACUAUGCGUCGUGA